UUAGGGUAUGUGUGACAUACACACACAUAAAUAAAAAAGGCAGCUAUACACACAAUAAAUAGAAAGAAAUCUUCGGAUGUCAUUCAUUCAUGUUAGACAGAAAGAAAGGCUAAUAGUUAAGUGGGCAGAUAAAAAAAAAAAGCUAGUGGAUCGUCUUUGGUGGACGGGUGGGGCAAGAUCAGUAGCAAAUGACCAUUCGGCUGAAAGGCAGCUCGCAAUGAAUGAUGAUAAUAAUACCAACAACAAACCCACCUACGAUGGGUUCGCGGCUAUCGUAGUCUUUAUUUAUUUUUUAAUUUAUCUCUUUAUUUUCUACCGUCGUCCAUGUCCUGACUACCAGAAAGAACGGUCCCGUCUCAGAAGUUUUACUCGUUUCCAAGACAAGACACUUUCUAUCGGAGCUUGGCACCACAAUUAUAACAUGCUGCGAUUGUAUUCUCUUGCGGUGAUUUUUUUUUUAAUAAGGAAGUAAGCAAGUUGAAAAUUUUUACAAUGGAAGAUGUAAAGAGGAGCAAUAUUGCGGAAGACAGUGGAAAUUUUUCAAAUUCCCUCUUAUCGGUUAUCAACAAGAAUGCCGUAAAUGAUACAGGCAAUGCAGCUAAUUUACCAAAGAUUCCUGUUAUUGUGGUCUCUGACUCCAGUGACACAGAAGAUUCAGUGCCAAAGCGCCAUCUCAAAUUCCGAAUGAGAAUAAACAACAGUAAUGAGGCUCUGUUUGUAAUUCUUCCAAAGAGCAUUAUUUGUCUGAUAUGUUAUAAGAAAUUCCUGCGUAUCUCAUCAUUAAAAAGCCACAUCUUGUGGCAUCUUCAUCGUGACGAUGUUCCCAGCAAUAAUUUAUGUCAUUCUUGUAAAUCUAAUGCUGACAUAUCUGACUGUCCAUCAUUCAAGUUGAUUAAGAAGAUCAUGAGAAAUUUCUUAUUAUCAACAAUAAGAAAGCGACAAUCUUUGAAAAAUAAUUCCCGAAGCUAUAGAGUUGAUCCAAAUUACGACAAAGUGAUGAUUACAGAAAACACAUUUACUAUAGAAAAUACGACGACAGAAACAUCAAGUAACAAUUCCCAUUUGGAUAACAAUAAUUCACCAACUCCUUCUAAUACUGCCAAUAACAAUAAACCAAAAGACUUGAAAGACUACAAAGGAAACUCCAUCCAAGAUGAUUUAUUUAAAGAAAAGGCUGUAACCUCUGACCAAAAGGAACGAACAACAUUUGAUGAAAGUUCAGCUGUCAGCGAUAAGCUUUGUGUAGAACCUGUGAUAGAUUCAAGCGAAUUUAUGCUUGUAAAUGGACAAUACAAAUGUUUAAGUUGUUCGAAAGAUUACACUCUAAACACAAUCAAUAAUCAUAUAAUGUGGCAUUUUCACAAAGGUGUUGACUUGUGCUCUAAGCUGCACUACAUAAGUUUCAGUUCUGGUGAUACAAUCUGCCCAUUAGUAGUUCAGAUUAUAAACUAUUUAGUAUCUAAGGAAGGAAAACCAAUACAAGUGAACUGGGGUAAGAAUAAUGAUGGGAAAAUAAUUUUCAAAGUGAAGUUGAUGAAAACUGCAACUGAAUUGAAUGCAGAUACAGUUGUUGAUAAUCCUAUUAGUCUGACAAAAAAAGACAAUGUACCCAGUUUUCAGAGUGAUAGUGUCACUCCACCAAUUGCCGAGUACACCAUAAAUGAACCAUUGGUCCAGGACCAUUCUGAUAGCAGUGACACACAAAACUCAACUUGCAACUCUAAAGCUGGCUCUAGUCAUCCAACAGAUAAAUAUUUGAUAAGCGAAUGUUCAAACGACACUCCUACAGUGUGUGAUAAAACAGAUGAAAGUUUACCUUUAGAGAAUGACAACCAGCCAGUGUGUAAAGAAAUGACAGAAGUAACAACAGCAGGCACUGGUGGAAAUAAUUUACAUGUUCAGCCAGUCAGGAAACCAGAUUCUUCUGCCGAUGUCUGGAGUUUUUAUAAAUGUAUGGUAACAGGGUGCAACUAUUCCACUUUAUUUCCUGACAAUUAUUUGAAACAUCUGAAACAACUACAUGAAAAUAUGCACUUUUACCAAUGCACCCAUUGCGACUUUACAGCUGACACCUAUAGUCUUUUAGCAAAACAUCUGAAAACUCAUACCCACCCAACAGAAUUUCUAUUUCCUUGUGGUUCCAGUAAUUGUAGCUAUUACACAAGGGUUCUGAGCCUGCUACCCAAACAUUUUACUUCAAGUCACAUCAACUGUAAAAAAGUCCUCUGCAAGCACUGUGCUACUGAAUUCACAGACCUUAGCCAGUUAUUGGAACACUACCAUUGUAAUCUCCUGAAGUCAGUUAAAUGUUCUUACUGUCCUGCACGAGACACUCUCCGUCAACGUAUCCUACACCAUCUCUCUUUAUCUCAUCCAGGGAGGCCACGACAAAUUAUUGUCAGCAGCCAGCUUGUAUGCAGUACCAAGAAACAAGCAUCUGGGCAUGUAAAACUACCGACAGAGAGUACAGUCAAAGUUAUGAAAGAGACCCUAAUAUCAGAACAAGAACAAACUGCAGGUUUUAAGACAAGCUGCUUGAGUAAUGACGGUACAGACGAUGGAGAUCAUCGUGCAUCUGAAAAAUAUGUAAAUGGUUUGAUAAAUCCAAGAAAUCAUACAGAAGAACUUUGUAAGACUGGGGAUUGGUCUAACGAACAGAGUGAAACUAAUGGUUGUUCUAGUGAACUGGGUGGGACUAGUGAUUAUGCUAACGAACAGUGUAAUGGUUUGAGUGAUUUUAAGCAGGCACAAGAACAAAAAGGUGUUAAAAUGAAGCAGUUGAGAAAACAAAAGAACAGAGUAAAGACAAAAUUAAAAAAUUCUUCUAAAGAUAUCUCAUCAAUAGAAGGGUUUAAUUGGAGUGGUGAGAGUAAUGGCAGUUGUGAACAGACGUACAAUAAUACUGCCCCAGUCUCUAAUUUUAUUAAUUUUGAUAUAGCUGGAAGAGAACUUGAUGCUUGCUUGAAGAUUUGCUACGAAUUUCUGGAUCAGAGUUUAAAGUGCAAGCUAUGCUUCCAAACUAGAAAGUCGACCCAGGAGAUUCAUCUUCACAUUCUACAGUAUCACUUCCAUUGGUAUCUCUGGCAGUGUUUCAAAUGUAAAACAAAUACGUAUUCACUUGAAGAAAUGCAUUGGCAUUACCAGCACAAACAUCGAGGCUUGAUUAUUUGUGUGAAAUUUCUUUCCUUACCGCAGCUGGCGAAAGGUUCUGAUGGCAGACUUUGCCUUCAGAAAGAACAAAAGAUUGUUUCAGAGAAAUCUCAGAAAUCAAAGAAGUCUGAACUGUACAGACAGAUACGGCAGCAUUGUGUAUAUGAAAUGGUGAAUUCAAGAAAUUCUAAGAAGGAGGAAGACACGGCCAAUGAUAAGCAGAGAAACAAAAAACUGUUUAUAUUUCUAAGUGACUCUCAGCCUCUGGAUGAAGCAGAGAAAAUUCCAGAUAACGAUGAAAAUACUAAUAAUCUUGCAAAAGGUGAACUUGACUAUGAAAAAAAUUACAAACAUAAAAAAUUACGCAAAAGUUCUUUAAAUGAUAAAAGUCACAGAGAGAUAAAGAAAAGGAAGAUCUCUUCACUCUUGAAUGAAAGCAACAUUGCAAUAGAUACGUCCAACACGGAUUUCAAGAUGGAGAAGACUAUCAAACAAGGUAAUAAUUAUAAUAGAAAUGGAUUACUGCUUAAUGUUGAAAAACACUUAAUGGUUGCUCAAAAUUCGCUUCCAUUCAGGAGAGGCAAAAAGGAGAAAUGCUUAUUGCAUCUUAGGAAAGAAACAUCUUUGGUUAAUUAUACAACUUGGAACCAAGCCUUUCUGACUGGGAACAUAAAUACAUCAUUUGAUAAUAGUUGUAAAAUGAGUAGUGACCCAACUGUCAAUAACAAGAAGAUGAAGAUCAGCCCAGAUACUGUUGAACAGAGCAAAGAGGCAACUGGCUCAGAUGUUAAAAUCACAAUAGUGAAAGCUGACUCUGAUGUUGAAAUUAGUAAGGUGAAGACUGGCUCACCUGUCGAUAACAGUAAAACAAGGACUGGCUCACCUGUCGAUAACAGUAAAACAAAAAUUGGCUCACCUGUCGAUAACAGUAAAACAAGGACUGGCUCACCUGUCGAUAACAGUAAAACAAAGACUGACUCACCUGUCGAUAACAGUAAAACAAAAAUUGGCUCACCUGUCAAUAACAGUAGAACAAGGACUGGCUCACCUGUCGAUAACAGUAAAACAAAAAUUGGCUCACCUGUCGAUAACAGUAGAACAAGGACUGGCUCACCUGUCGAUAACAGUAAAACAAAGACUGGCUCACCUGUCGAUAACAGUAAAACAAGGAAUGACUCACCUGUCGAUAACAUUAAAACAAGGACUGACUCACCUGUCGAUAACAGUAAAACAAGGACUGACUCACCUGUCGAUAACAGUAAAACAAAGACUGGCUCACCUGUCGAUAACAGUAAAACAAGGACUGGUGCACCUGUCGAUAACAGUAAAACAAGGACUGGCUCACCUGUCGAUAACAGUAAAACAAGGUCUGGUUCACCUGUCGAUAACAGUAAAACAAAGACUGGCUCACCUGUCGAUAACAGUAAAACAAAGACUGGCUCACCUGUCAAUAACAGUAAAAUAAGGACUGACUCACCUGUCGAUAACAGUAAAACAAGGACUGGCUCACCUGUCGAUAACAGUAAAACAAGGACUGACUCACCUGUCGAUAACAUUAAAACAAGGACUGACUCACCUGUCGAUAACAGUGAAACAAAGACUGGCUCACCUGUCGAUAACAGUAAAACAAGGACUGGUGCACCUGUCGAUAACAGUAAAACAAGGACUGGCUCACCUGUCGAUAACAGUAAAACAAGGUCUGGUUCACCUGUCGAUAACAGUAAAACAAAGACUGGCUCACCUGUCGAUAACAGUAAAACAAAGACUGGCUCACCUGUCAAUAACAGUAAAACAAGGACUGACUCACCUGUCGAUAACAGUAAAACAAGGACUGGCUCACCUGUCGAUAACAGUAAAACAAGGACUGACUCACCUGUCGAUAACAGUAAAACAAGAACUGACUCACUUGUCGAUAACAUUAAAACAAGGACUGACUCACCUGUCGAUAACAUUAAAACAAGGACUGACUCACCUGUCGAUAACAUUAAAACAAGGACUGACUCACCUGUCGAUAACAGUAAAACAAGGACUGACUCACCUGUCGAUAACAGUAAAACAAAGACUGGCUCACCUGUCGAUAACAGUAAAACAAGGACUGGUGCACCUGUCGAUAACAGUAAAACAAGGACUGGCUCACCUGUCGAUAACAGUAAAACAAGGUCUUGUUCACCUGUCGAUAACAGUAAAACAAAGACUGGCUCACCUGUUGAUAACACUAAAACAUGGACUGACUCACCUGUCGAUAACACUAAAACAUGGACUGACUCACCUGUCGAUAACACUAAAACAAGGUCUGGCUCACAUGUUGAUAACAGUAAAACAAGGUCUGGUUCACCUGUCAAUAACAGUAAAACAAGGACUGACUCACCUGUCGAUAACAGUAAAACAAGGACUGGCUCACCUGUCGAUAGCAGUAAAACAAGGACUGGCUCACCUGUCCAUAACAGUAAAACAAGGUCUGGUUCACCUGUCCAUAACAGUAAAACAAAGACUGGCUCACCUGUCGAUAACACUAUAACAAGGACUGGCUCACCUGUCGAUAACAGUAAAACAAAGACUGGCUCACCUGUCGAUAACACUAAAACAAGGACUGGCUCACCUGUCGAUAACACUAAAACAAAGACUAACUUACCUGUCGAUAACAGUAAAACAAGGUCUGGUUCACAUGUUGAUAACAGUAAAACAAGGUCUGGUUCACAUGUUGAUAACAGUAAAACAAGGUCUGGCUCACCUGUCGAUAACAGUAAAACAAGGACUGGCUCACCUGUCGAUAACAGUAAAACAAGGACUGUCUCACCUGUUGAUAACAGUAAAACAAAGACUGGCUCACCCAUCGAUAACAGUAAAACAAAGACUGGCUCGCCUGCUGAUAGUAAUAAAGUGAAGAUUGGCUCAGUUGCUGAUAGCAACAACACAAAGACUAGCUCAACUGUUGAGCGUAAUAAGGUGAAGACUGACUCAGCUGUUGAUAGCAGUAAAGCGAAGGCUAACUUGGCUGUUGAUAGCAGUAAAGUGAAGACUGGCUCAGCUGUUGAUAGUAAAGCGAAGACUGGCUCAGCUGUUGAUAGUAAAGCAAAGACUGGCUCAGCUGUUGAUAGUAAAGCAAAGACUAGCUCAGCUGUUGAUAGUAAAGCGAAGACUGGCUCAGCUGUUGAUAGUAAAGCAAAGACUGGCUCAGCUGUUGAUAGUAAAGCAAAGACUGGCUCAGCUGUUGACAGCAGUAAAGUAAAGACUGGCUCAGAUGUUGAUAGUAAAGCAAAGACUGGCUCAGCUGUUGAUGGUAAAGCAAAGACUGGCUCAGCUGUUGAUAGUAAAGCAAAGACUGGCUCAGCUGUUGAUAGUAAAGCGAAGACUGGCUCGGCUGUUGAUAGUAAAGCAAAGACUGGCUCAGCUGUUGAUAGUAAAGCAAAGACUGGCUCAGCUGUUGACAGCAGUAAAGUAAAGACUGGCUCAGCUGUUGAUAGUAAAGCAAAGACUGGCUCAGCUGUUGAUAGUAAAGCAAAGACUGGCUCAGCUGUUGACAGCAGUAAAGUAAAGACUGGCUCAGCUGUUGAUAGUAAAGCAAAGACUGGCUCAGCUGUUGAUACAGUAAAGCAAAGACUGGCUCAGCUGUUGAUAGUAAAGUGAAGACUGGCUCAGCUGUUGAUAGCAGUAAAACAAGGACUGGCU